GAAAGACUGAAAACUUCCAGAAUGGUUUUGAGUUUGAAUCAUUAACAUUAGACAGGCUGCCACUCGCCAUCUAUAAUGGCCUAUAUGCCUACAGUGGAUGGUUCAAUUUGAACUUUGUCACAGAAGAGGUCAAAAAUCCAAGCAGAAACAUCCCACUGGCAAUAAUCUCGUCUAUGGUGACCGUGACAGUCUUAUAUGUGCUUGUUAAUGUGGCCUACUACACUAUGUUGGCUCCCACUGAGCUGCUGCUGUCUGAUGCUGUGGCUGUGACAUUCGCCACCUGUGCUCUUCAGGGAUUGGAUUCUGUAAUUCCAGUACUUGUGGCCUUAUCUUGCCUCGGAACACUUAAUGGUGGCAUCUUUGUGUCACCAAGGAUGCUUUUCGUUGGAGCCAGAGAGGGCUACUGGCCACAGAUCUUUUCCACAAUCCAUAUCCGCAGACACACACCUUUACCUGCUUUGCUGUUAAUGUACCCACUGAUGGUGAUCAUGUUAAUCAGUGGAGAUAUUUCCCAGCUCAUCAGCCUUACCUCCUUUUCUCGUUGGUUCUUCAUUGCCUUGGCAACCUUGGGGAUGCUCAUCCAUCGAUAUCGUUUCCCCCUCCACCCUAGACCUUUUAAGGUGCCGUUGGUCGUCGCAGUCACCUUCACAGCGGUGUCUUUCUUCAUUGUGGGUCUCUCUCUUUACUCGGACCCUUGGAACACAGGAUGUAGUUGUGUAGUUACAUUGUCUGGGGUUCCAGUUUACUACAUGACCGUCUACCACUUUUGCUUGCCCCCCACAUGGAGGCGAAUCUUCAAUUAUUGCAGCAAGCAGCUGCAGAUCCUUCUUGAAGUGGCUCAACAGGAAGUCAAGACAUGCUGAAGACCUGCUUUCUACCAAUAUACUUCCUGGAUAGCAUCUUGACAGGUUCUAAAAUUUUUGGAAUAGCAAAGGGGGAAAUUAAACAAAAAGAAAAUCCUCUGGUUGAGGAAUUUUAGUUAGAACACUGAAAGUGGUCGUUUUUUUCUCAAGGUGACUGCUGAUGGGCUCCUGAAGCUGCCAAGAUCUGUAGGAGCCAUAAAACAUUGUUCUAUCCGAAGGCUGUGUUUUAUUCCUGUCAUGGUUCCUUUAGAUCUUUUUUUUUUUUUUAAAGAACUAUUGGUUAUUUCAUGUUUUUCUUUUGCUGUCACUGAAUAUUUUAGAAUGUUUUUCUUUUUAACCCCCCUUUUUGUUUAUUUUUCAAAUAAAUCUUGCUUUUUUUUCUCUCUUCUAUAUUCACCUACAUAUUCAUAUUCUGUGUCUGCAUUGAAUAAACACAAUAUGUUCACGUCUUC